UUGUGUAUCCUCUAUAAAUCACAUUUCUAGAAACUGCUCAUCUCUGGAAAAAUCACUCUCAUACCAGUAACGGACAGAUCGCGAUUUUGUUAAAUAUCAUUUCGAUGUUUCUCAUCAUUAUUUGCUAAUAUACGGAUCAACUCUUUGCCACGAGGAAUUAUCUGCUCUGCAAGGUGACGACCUGCGACUUAUAUCAUUGUCCAGCACGCCUACGCCGCUGGCGCGCUCGCCCGUAACUUAGUAUAUUUCAUUCUACGAUCUUAUUCGGUUAGUUGGCGUAUAGAAGAGACGUUAUUGUACAGAGUAAGCGUUAAUUUGUGUUUCAACUGGCAGCUGCCACCUUCAAAUCUUCUUAAGAACUCACCUGUGCACAAUAUAUUUUAGAACAAGGCAUCUGUUUGUUUCCCGAAACAUUAUCCGAAAUUACUGAGAAGUGAAGAACAAAGGAGAAGUAGAGAAAGGAGAUAAUAUUUUGAAAUAACAUAUGAAUUAGUAUUUUCAAUCCAACAUGGUAAAUCCGUCGGAAUAUAGCCAAAUGAACAUGUCACGGUAUUACAUACGGCCCUUAUUUGACGAGUUUGAAGAAGAAAUAAAAUGUAUGUCGGGAAAGUGUAUGGACAUUGGUUGUGGUCCCGGUGACACUACAAAAGAUAUUCUCCUACCCGCACUCGACGCAAAAGCGGUAGUCACUGGUACGGAUAUCUCGGAGAGUAUGAUUACACACGCCAAGAAAGUAUACGGUGAUGAGAUACGACUCAAUUUCGACAUACUUGAUAUUGAAACAAAAGAGCUGCCAAAAAAAUAUAUUUCUCAGUACGAUCACGCAUUCGCAUUUUAUGUUCUGCAUUGGUGCCAAGAUAUUCGACAAGCAAUUGAGAAUAUCUAUAAUUUACUUCGACCUGGCGGAACUGUAUUAGCACUAACAAUCGUGUCUCAGGACGUAUUUGAUGUCUUACACAAAUUGUCGCAAGAUGUACGCUACAAGUCAUAUAUAAAGCAUAUAAAUCAUUUCAUCCCGCCGUUUUACAACUCUCUUCAACCACAAAAAGAAUUAAAAACAUUGCUCAAAAGUAUUGGCUUUAAUGUACUUCACUGCAGUUAUCGUGAAAGAACAUACCUCGCUGAAGAUGCUCAACACAAAUUCUCACCUAUGGUGCUAUCUUUCCUGACGGAAUAUUUGAAAGACAUGCCCCACGAGCGAAUGGAACAAUUCAAAAAGGAUUUUUCACAGGAAAAUACAAGAAGAAGAGUUGUCUAUAAACGCACGCGCGGACAAGAUGAAAGGAUGGUGGCAGAUUUACAUGAAAUAUUAGUAUUUUAUGCACAAAAGAAUUAAUGAUAUAUCCUGGUAAAAAAUAUGCGUUUAUAUGCAGUGUCGUUGAUGUUCGUCUUUAUAUCAAAAUAAAGUACAUUUUAUUUACUCUUUACCAUUAUAAUUACCGCGCUACUCCACAAGCUACUUUAGUUAAGUUUAAAGUUGUGGAUUUAGUAAUGCUUUGAGAAUACGAAGACACCAUUCAAGUUUAUACGUUUAUCUUAUUUAGAAAUAACGUACUGAAGAAUUAUAAUUAUAAUAGGUAGAUGUAGUUUCAAUAAAUGAGUAUGUUGGCAUUAACAUAACAUGUACAUCGAUUGUAUAUUUGCAACCAGUACCAUUUUUCUACCGCAAAUAAACAAUAUAUCAAUCCAUAGUAAUAUGCAAAAUUAACAUUCUUUUGCUAAAGGUUAACAAAACGUAGGAUAAACAUGAGCAAUAAUUUGACAACGCAGCGUGGCGUAUAUAGUACACGCUU